AUGUUGUCUGCUUCUUCACCCAUCACCUUCCCCAAAAGCUCUCCUCCUCCCCCGAAGCGCGCCAAACCCCACGACCAUGGCCCUCCUAAACCGAAAGCCCGAGCUGGACCAUUCAUGGUCGAUGAUGACGACUCCGACUCGAACGACGAUGCCGAGGAAUUUUUGAAUACACAACCUCUAGCGAAGCGCCCCAGGAUUGAGGAUUCCCGUGGGAAGCCUUCAGAGACAGUCUCUGAAGUCGAGCCGACAACUGCAAAGCCUGUCAACGACCCUAAGCCAACACCAGAGAUCAUCGACGUGGAAGCCCGGCGGCCAAUAUUCCCAAUCCAGCAGGAUCUCUAUUCCACAUCCAUUUUUGGCAGACUGUCGUCCAAAUCAUUCACAGUCCGGACAUGUAAAGGCAACACCACAACCAUCAAGGAGCGAAAGACAAGCUCGGCACCCACAUACGAGUCAAUGGUUGCAGCUCGGUCAAAGACAAAGGAAGGACGAGCUAAGAGGAGCUACUACGGCAUCGAUAUUCAUAAUCUCAUGAGCGCAGCUUCCGCUGAGAUCGCUGCUAAGAAACAAGCACGACCACAUGAGCCUAGUGUGCCGGUACAGUCGAUCGAAACACCAGUAACAACUGGUAAGAGGCCUAAGCGAACACUACUAUGGACGGAGAAGUAUCGAGCGCGGACUUUUAUGGACCUUUGCGGCGACGAUGGUACCAAUCGACGAGUUUUGCGCUGGUUGAAGAAAUGGGAUCCCAUUGUGUUUCCAGGAGCGGCCAAGUCUAGGCCAUCAAUUGCUGGUUACGAGGCUAUCGAGAUUAACGCCAGUGACGACCGAAGUCGUGAUGUCGUAAAGAACCGGAUUCGAACAAGUUUGGGCACAGAGAGUGUUAAGACGGUGAGCAACCGCAAAGACGGCGAUGGCCCCCAAAAGGUGGCCAAGCCUGCGUGUGUCGUGGUGGACGAAGUCGACGGUGUCGUGUCGGGUUCAGGAGCCUCAGGCGAUGGUGGCUUUGUCAAGGCGCUUAUAGAUCUUGUUCUUCUGGACCAGAAGAACUCUUCAGGGGCUGCGGCGUCGAACCAUCAUGGGCGCAAGAAGAAGGGUGAUGACUUUCGACUCAUGCGUCCCCUGAUUCUCAUCUGCAACGAUGUCUACGCGCCCGCCCUUCGACCACUCCGACAAUCGGGUCUGGCGGAAAUCAUCCAUGUCGGCAAGCCCACCAUCGACAUAGUCGUUGGUCGUCUCAAGACUGUUUUUGAAAAGGAGGGUAUUCCUUGUGACAAGGACGCCGCUCGAAAGCUUUGCGAGGCAGCCUGGGGCAUGACUAGUGGCAUUGAUGCUAAACGGGGCGCCGAGAGCACUGUCGAGGGUGACCUUCGAGGUGUCAUGGUGGUUGGUGAAUGGGUCGCAGGACGCUUCCGAGCAUCGCCUCUGGAAGGCUCAGGUCGCCUUACUCGACAGUGGAUAGAACGCAAUGUUCUCCAAGAUCUCGCCAACGGCGCUGGUGGUGCACGUGGAGUCGGCCGCGGUGGUGUCAAAGACAUCAUCUCGCGUCUGUUCCAAGAAGGCGGUGGCUUUCCCAAGCAAGCCAUGAACUUUUCAGAAUCCAAGACACAGCACGAGCAGCCAAAGGCGGAACUGGGCUUUGGCGAGUACCAGAAGAAGUAUGCCAUGGAGCGUCUACGGCAGAUGAUUGACACGAGCGGCGAGAUCAGUCACAUCAUGACCGAGGUGUUUGCCGAGUAUCCCAACCGCGAGUACAACGAUGAUCUCUACCUGACAAAGCCUAACCAGGCGUAUGAGUGGCUUCACUUCCACGAUACGUGCCAGUCACGGCUGUACUCCAGUCAGGAGUGGGAACUCUCGCAGUAUCUCAGUCAACCUGUGCUGGCAUGUCAUCACCUAUUCGCUUCACCGAAGCGGUAUUUGCCCAGUAUGGGCUACGAUCGUCGUUGGGGUGGUGAAGCUGAGGAGGAUAACACGCCUCCUAUGCCCUUCUCUGGCCCUCGCGCCGACUAUCAAGCUAAUGAAGCUGAGAGACAGAAUCGAGCCCAGCUUCAGGCUCUGCAGAGUCAACUCACCCCUACGCUCAUGCGAUCCUUCCGCAGUGUUGAGGAUGUGGCUGCUGAGUUCCUCCCGUACCUAGUGCGUCUUGUGUCCCCUGAUGUCAAGCCUGUCGUCGUGGGUGGAAGUCAGGGAACCACGGCCAGUGUACGCAAGGAGAGCGAGCGUACCAUGGUUAAGCGUGCAUCCGAGGUACUCGCCGAGGUGGGAAUUUCUCUGCAAAAGGGCAGAAUUGAGGAUGAAUCGCUUGUCAAUCGGGGGCCGCAGUGGGUUUACCGAAUGGAACCGGAUCUCGACACUCUCGCCACAUUCGAGACUGCUGCUUCACUACUCCUCCCCUCUGCGGCGCCUACGCGUUACGCCGUUCGACAGGUUCUUGACCAAGAACUUCGCAAGACGAAUGCAGAGCGCGAAGCACUUGCUCGCCAGGCACGCUUCCAAGCUGGCGGCACCUCAGGGCGGCUUGAGAGCCUGACCAAGGCUGCCGAUGCUAGGAACAAGAAGAUUGUCGAAGAGGCGUCUGCCAAGGACGCAUCGUCCGUCAAGCGAGACUUCUUUGGCCGUAUCAUUGAGGCACGGCCAGUUGUAGAGUCUGGUAAGGAGAGCACGGAACAGAGGGCGCGCAAGACGGAAAAGGAACGCAAGGUGUGGGUGACGUACCAUGAAGGGUUGAAUAAUGCUGUGAGGAAACCGAUGUCGUUGCAGGAGUUUAUGAGAGGUCUAUAA